CUAACGAACGACUUAGAAUUUAUAGCAAAAUGUCAAAUAGAGUAGCUCACAGUUUUGAUAAAGCAAAGUUAGAAGCAGUUUGUUUGAGAAGAUUCUUCUUUGCACCUGCCUUUGAAAUCUACGGUGGUUGCGCUGGUUUAUACGAUUAUGGUCCACCUGGCUCUGCUCUUCAAGCUAACAUCCUUGACGCUUGGCGCAAGCAUUUCAUUAUCGAAGAAGAAAUGUUGGAAGUUGACACAACUGCAGUCACUUUAGGCGAAGUACUCAAAACAUCAGGUCACGUUGAUAAGUUCACCGAUUGGAUGACUAGAGACACAAAAACCGGUGACAUUUUCAGAGCAGAUCAUCUCAUAGAGGCUGUCCUUGAAGCACGUCUCAAAGGUGACAAAGAAGCUCGUGGUGUACAACAAACCGAACAACCAAAGGAGGAUGAAAAGAAGAAGAAGAAGAAAGUAAAGUCAACCGCUGUCAAAUUAGAUGACGCUGUUGUUCAACAAUAUGAGACAAUUCUCGCACAAAUUGACAACUUCGACGGUGAAGGCUUAGCUGAUUUGAUUGCUAAGCACACUAUUAAAUCGCCUGAAACUCAAAAUGAUUUGACAAAACCUGUUGAAUUCAACUUGAUGUUCGAAUCUUCAAUCGGUCCAACAGGUCAAGUUAAGGGCUACUUACGUCCGGAAACCGCUCAAGGUCACUUUGUCAACUUCGCUAGACUCUUAGAAUUCAACAACGGUAGAGUUCCAUUCGCUUCCGCUCAAAUUGGUAAAUCUUUCCGUAAUGAAAUUUCACCAAAGCAAGGUUUACUUAGAGUUAGAGAAUUCUUGAUGGCUGAAAUUGAACAUUACGUUGAUCCACUCAAGAAGGAUCACCCAAGAUUUUCAGAAGUUGAAAACGUCGAACUUCAAAUUUUACCAAAGGAAGUUCAAGUUGAAGGUAAAACUGACUUAACUACUAUAACCGUUGGUGAAGCGGUUAAGAAGGGUAUCAUUGACAACCAAACACUUGGUUACUUCGUAGCAAGAAUUAACCUCUUCUUACAAAAAAUUGGUAUCAAUAAGGAUAGAUUAAGAUUUAGACAACACAUGUCAAACGAAAUGGCUCACUACGCAUCAGAUUGUUGGGAUGCUGAAAUACACACCAGUUAUGGAUGGAUUGAGUGUGUUGGUUGCGCUGACAGAUCAGCUUAUGAUUUGACUGUACACGCCGUUCGUACAGGUCAACCACUUGUCGUUCGUGAACCACUUCCAGAAAUCAAGAUUGAGGAGAAAUGGGCACCAGAAAUUAACAAGAAGAAGUUCGGUCCAACCUUUAGGGCGAACCAAAAGAUCGUUGAAAGCACCAUAUUCGCACUCGAUCAACCACGUUUAGAAUGUAUCAAGAAAGAAUUUGAUGAGCAAGGAAAGUCUGAUGUACAAGCAGCUGACGGUAACAAGUAUGAACUCACACCAGAAUUGCUCACUAUUGAGAAGAAGACAUUCAAGGAAACCAAGAGAGAAUUCACACCAAACGUUAUUGAACCAUCAUUUGGUAUUGGUAGAAUUCUCUACGCCUUGCUUGAACACUCGUUCUAUGCUCGUGAGCAAGAUGAGAGUAGAACAGUUCUCGGAUUCCCACCACUUGUCGCUCCAAUCAAGGCACUCGUCGUACCAAUCUCAAACUCUAAAGAAUUCGAGCCAAUUAUCAAGGAUAUUUCAUUACAGCUUCGUAAAAAUGGUGUUGCAUCUAGAGUUGAUGACUCAUCUGCAACUAUUGGUAAGAGAUACGCAAGAAAUGACGAACUUGGUACCCCAUACGGUAUCACUGUCGACUUUGCAACUGUCAAGAACAAAACCAUCACUCUUCGUGAACGUGACACAACUGAACAAAAGAUUGGUACCAUCGAUCAAGUUAUUGAUACACUCGUUAAACUUAGUAAAAGUGAAAUUGAAUGGUCACAAGUUGACCUCCCAGCUUACUCAGGUGUACAAGAUGCUGACUAAAUUUAUUCGCAUAUUCUUAGAAUUAAAAUAAAAAACUAUAAUCAUAUAAAUCUUUUUAAUACAAC